GUCACGUGGGGGCGCGGCCCGCGGUAGCUGCGGCGGCGGUGACGGGUCGCCAGUCGCGCGGGUCCGGCGGGAACAGCUCGAAGACUGCACUGUCUUUGCAGAAAAGUUAGUUUUAGGUAACGUUUCCUCUGCCCUCAAGAGGCCUGCGCUUUACCUGGGGAACCAAGAUAGAGAACCAUUUAAACACUUAAGUAGAAUGCAGAGCAGCUUGUUUGGUGAAGGGGUGUUGAAUGGGUAGAGCUGAGAAGCAGGGCCAACUUGGGGUUGAAGCCCCUGGACACCACUGUUCUCAUCACACCCCUGAAGCCGCUGUGUCUCUCCUGUUGGACCUGAGCAGGAGGUCCCUGAUUGGCCUUAAGAGGAAAUAGAGCAGCAUAUUCCUGAAGACCCAAGAGACAAGGCUGCCAUGGCCGCCGUUGACAGCUUCUACCUCUUGUAUAGGGAAAUCGCCAGGUCGUGCAAUUGCUACAUGGAAGCUCUAGCCUUGGUUGGGGCCUGGUAUACAGCCAGGAAAAGCAUCACCGUCAUCUGUGACUUUUACAGCCUGAUCAGGCUGCACUUUGUCCCUCGCCUGGUGAGCAGAGCAGAUCUGAUCAAGCAGUAUGGAAGAUGGGCAGUUGUGAGUGGUGCAACAGAUGGGAUUGGAAGAGCCUAUGCAGAGGAGUUAGCGAGCCGUGGUCUCAAUAUCAUCCUGAUUAGUCGGAACCAAGAGAAGUUACAGAUGGUUGCUGAAGACAUUGCUGACACCUACAAAGUGGAAACCGAUAUUAUAGUGGCGGACUUCAGCCACGGCCGUGAGAUCUAUGACCCGAUUCGAGAAGCCUUGAAAGACAAAGACAUUGGCAUCUUGGUAAAUAACGUAGGCGUGUUUUAUCCCUACCCCCAGUAUUUUACUCAGGUCUCCGAGGACAAACUCUGGGACAUCAUAAACGUAAACAUUGCUGCGGCUAGUUUGAUGGUCCACAUAGUGUUACCGGGAAUGGUGGAGAGAAAGAAAGGCGCUGUCGUCACUAUCUCUUCCGGCUCCUGCUGCAAACCAACGCCCCAGCUGGCCGCCUUCUCUGCUUCUAAGGCUUAUUUAGACCACUUCAGCAGAGCGUUGCAGUAUGAAUAUGCUUCCAAAGGAAUCUUUGUACAGAGUCUAAUCCCAUUCUACGUGGCUACCAACAUGACCGCACCUGGCAGCUUUCUGCACAAGUGCCCGUGGUUGGUGCCUUCGCCAAAAGUAUACGCACAUCAUGCUGUUUCUACCCUUGGCAUUUCAAAAAGGACCACCGGAUACUGGUCUCAUUCUAUCCAGUUUCUUUUCGCACAGUAUAUGCCGGAAUGGCUCUGGGUGUGGGGAGCAAACAUCCUCAAUCGUUCUUUACGUAAGGAGGCCUUAUCCUGAAAAGCAUGAAACUGGAUGAUGGUUUGGGAAGUUUUGCCACUCAUGGGAACCUGCAGUAUUUUGACAUUCGGAAGAAUGCAUUUAAUUUAUCUUAUGUAUUUUCUUUUAUUACUGGUUAUUUAGCAUACUGUUGACACCUCAUUUGCAAAUCAAACAUAAUACUUUCAGAGAAUGCUAUGGAAAAGCCUCAAGAGCCGCAUGGGUGGCACAGCGUGAGUAAUGACUGAGGUACAAGAGCUGAUUGAGGAAACCUGAAUUUCCAGUCUUUUUUUCUUUUCCUAAGCUGUUCAAAAGUUGGAUGAUUUAUGUUGCUACAGCAAUCUGAUAUUGAAGAAUAUUUAUAACAUGACUUUUCACUUCUUACAAUUUCAGACGUUGUUUUCUAAAGGAAAUUAUUUCAGUAGAUGGAUUCUAGUAUUAGUUUUCAAAUGUUCAUCAGGAAAGACUAUUUAAAAGUGUUAUUUUAUAAAUAAGAUUGCUGGUAUGAUUAGCUGUAGAAAUCUGUGUAUUACUAUUGUAUAGCUCUAGUUAUUUGACUUUCUGUGUAAGACAAUACUGCCCUUUGACGAUAUUUCAUUAGAGAAUCAUAUAUGUACGUAUGUUGUGUCUGGUGUGUGUAUUAUGGGUAAGUUACUUUAAAAAAGAUUUAUUGUCAAGAUGGCUUAACGUGGAACCUUACAGGGUACUAAAAUUCUAGAUUAUUCCUUUUCAUACUAAACAAGCCUACCCAAUUUUGUGCUAUAGGUUUGCCAUGUAUAAUAUUACUUACAACAUUUUUUUUUUAAAUCUAUGGAAUUAAUGUAUUCCUAGAUUUGGACAUGUAAUGAUUGACCCUCAGUCAUGUCUUGAUUUAUAAUUAUUGUGGAUAAGUAGUGAUUUCUCAGCCUAGAACCCAUUUUAUAACUGAGAUUUAGCCCUUUAGAGCUUGUUAAUUUGGUUUUUGUACACUUUCCCUUGUAAUAUUAUUCCAGUCCAGUAGCAUUAUUGGUGUGUAAUCAUCAAGUAUUUAUGGAAUAUUAGCUAAAAUACGGACAACUUAUGCGUGUGAUAUGAUGAUUGUAUCUUGUUGAAAUAAGUUAGAAGCUCAUUCUUAGUUCUUGUAAUUAAUUUAUGCAUUAUAGUGAAUACUUUUAUUGGUGUGAAGAUAAUUAUGCACAACCCCCAUAACCCAUAAAUGGGUUAGCAUUGAAACCUACUUUGAAAUGUUUCUGGUUCAGGACCUAUAAAGGCAAACAUUUUUGAGGACCACAUACCUAGUGCUGUGACAGUUGUAAAUCACUAUAUGCAUAUGACAAUAUGUGCAAUUUAAAAAUUUGGAGUUUAAUAUUGGGACACUGAUGCAGAAACUAGUAAAUUGAUUGAAAUCAGGACUUUUUCUUGAAUUGUUUUCUCCUGCGAUGAUGUUCCAUUAUGAGUAGGCCUAAGCAUGCUUUUAUGUUAUACCCACAAUUUUGCCAGUGACAUUGCCUCAGUAUUUCCAGAUGUGACUUGGACUCAGUUCAGAAGUCCUUCCACUUCCUGAUCAGGCCUUCAUCAUCACGUAGGAGGAAGACAUUCAUAUGUGAAAACUUACACACGAGCAACACUACAUAACACCGAAGGUUUUGAUGCAGUUAGCUUGAAUGCCUUUAUUGGGUCACAUUUGGCAUUUUUCCUCACCCAACAAUUAAUUUAUGGUUAUUAGACUAAAAAAUAAAUUGACUUCAUGCCACAUUGACCUGAACUUUGAUGUGUCAUAAGAAGUAGCAACUUCAUGUAAAAAAAUACCAUAUUUAUAUCUAAGGUGUUAUGUAGUAUAUUGAAUCAUUGUUACAUGAUGAGAAUAAGUAAACCAUAUCAGUGAUGUUUUGACAUUCUCUACUUGGCAGGAUGUUUGUAAAUAAGCUGAUGGGCGCAAAGUCAGUGAAAGAUCCAAACCAAGAAUCUUCCUUAGGUUUUGUCUUUCAUGAAGUGCUUUUUCCCAGAGCUCAUUCGAGAGUCAUAAUUGGACCACAGUAGAUGAAGUUUCUUAUUAAGAAAAUAGGAAACCUUUGGAAAAUAAGAACCUUUGAAACAAUCUUUGAACUGAGAAUUUAACAAUGAAAGCUGUUGCUUCUUCGCUUGGGAGGGGUUUUGCACCAUAUGUUUGUAAAUUGGUUGUCUGGAAUGAGAUACAUUUUUUUCCCCAUAGGAACAAUUACCUAAAAAUUAGAAAAACUUAAUCAAUGAACACCUGUGGUAGUAAUUCAUUAAGAGCUGGUAAUUCAGCAAGAAAAUUGCACAAAACCAUGUCUUUUGAAAGUACUAAAUUGAUUCUUGAUCUCAUUCUCCUGAAAGGAUGUGUAGGAUGAAAGUUGAUUUUGAUCGACUUUAGCAAUGUGAGAUCACUGGCAGGUUUGCCAUGAGCCAUUUUGUUGAGGGGUGAGGAUAAAAAGGUAGAUUGUAGUGGGUUCAAAAAAGAGUGGGAAAAACAAGAGAGAUGGCAAGGAGAGACAGCUCUACUGAGGAGUCUUUUUGUUUUGUUUUAACCUGUUACUUAAAAUCUUAACCACAUUUGGGAACCAGAGGGUUAAAUAGCGUCCUUCAUCUUGACAUUGUGUGCCCUCCGAAACCAAGUCCAGUCUGUCUGUGUUUCUGUCUCAGUAUUGGCUAGGCUGUUACUAUUUAAAGUAAUAGUUUGAAUAAAGAUUUACCUUCCAUA